AUGCACCAGGCUCUACUCAUUUCCGAAGUUCUCUUGGAGAUAUUCACACAUCUGAAGACCUGGAACCCACCCGAGCCGUUCAUAGGCCACAAAUCAUUGGUUCGGAAAUAUCUUGCAGCACUUGCAAGGACAUGUAAAGCCUUCUACGAACCUGCAAUGGAUUUGCUGUGGGCUGACUUCGAUUCUGACGAGGAUUUAAAUCCGCUAUUCGGUUGUGUUACGAGGCUACAUCCGUUGAUAUAUGAUAUCGAUCCAACUCACGAUGAAUCCACCUCACCAACAAGAGUCGAACCAUUAUCUGCCGACGAGACCCGUCAGUUUUUGCGUCACUCCCACCGUGUUCGCUCGUUGCACGUAUCACCCGAGCCGUUUCUUUACCUCCUCUCAGCUAUCCCCAUGGAGGCAUGCGUCUUUCCGAGGCUACAGUCGUUACACUGGUGGGCUGACACCGACGAAUAUUUCGAUCUAUUCCGGUCCCGUACGCUGCGCCGGCUUUCUCUGUGGACCCUCACUAAAGAUCUGCAAUCUAUUGUCGCUCGCUGUGAUACUUUGGAAGACUUGUCUGUCGGCGACUAUGAGCUAUAUGAGCCGUCCCUGCUGUCUGACAGCGUCAGUCUGUGCAAGCGGCUUGUGAAUCUGCAUUGUCCGCUGCUCGACUGGGCAGGAUGGAAUCACCUCUCCAACAUCCCCACUCUUCUCACAGUGGAGGAUAACAUCGUCCCUCCUUGGCCGUCGGACCAAGUCUUCGAAGAUUUCUCACAAUUCCUGAAUGUCACGUUUCUUCAGUUCUUGCUGGAGAAUGUCGCAUACACGAUCGCAAUCAUGGAACUUUCACAAUUUCCCUCACUGAAAGAGUUCGAGUACAUUAUUGAAGAGAUGACUGCGGCAGAGGCUGCCCAACUCUGUCGUGCGCUGUCCCACUGCAAAGCAAAGCAGACCCUGGAAUCAAUCAACAUCCUCACUUUAGAAUCCCAGGAGCCUCUGGGCACGUUUCGAACCAUGAUUCCACACCUCCUUUGCUUGACACAACUCCAAUAUCUGCGGCUCCGUUGUGAAGAUAGCUUCGUUUACAUUGACAACGAUCUUCUCUUGAAAGCCAUGUCAGCUUGGCCCCACCUCCGCCAUCUGGACUUGGAAACCUCGUAUCUUUAUCCUUCCGUCACCUUCCGCGGAUUAUUCACAGCGCUCCGUCGAUGUCCACACCUGCAUUUUCUGCGAAUCGCAGUCGAUAUUGUGAAUAUCGACAUCGAUCCCAAUGCCGAACUGACACCGCAUACCUCCCUAGAAGUAUUGAAGUUGGACACAGAGCCAGAGUCACCCAUACCGAAUGCUGAAGCGCUCGCUCGUCUCGUUUUCACCUGGCUCCCUUGUGUUGACCAAGUUGGCGCGAUGGGGGACUAUCGGGAGCACUGGGAGCACUGGGAUGAAGUCAACGGCCAUCUUCAUGAUUUGCGAGACCAAAAAGACCGAACGCGUGAGUAA